AUGCCUCUCCCUCAUGAUCUGUGCUCCCAAAUCCAAAAUGGUUUCCGCAUGCGGCGCGCUAAGAUUGCUGUCCCACACACCACCCAAAAUCUAGCAAUCCUGAGCAUACUCUUGCGCGAAGGCUUUCUGUCAUCUAUUACAAGGGGGACUGCAUCAGAGCCUUCUCCAUCCGAAUGGGCAUUCGUCACAGAACCGCAUCGUCGCAUCUGGGCGUUCCUGAAGUAUCGUGGCGACCGGCCUGUCCUUUCAUCUAUGUCUCUUGUUAGCACUCCUUCGAAACGUAUAUUUAUGGAUCCUCAUGGUAUACGGCGGCUGGUCAGCGGGAAACGAAGUAAUUUCAUCAAACCCCUGGGGAUGGGUGAAAUUGGCGUCGUAAAGGUUGGAGAUAGACAAUGGGUGGAAGCGAGGGAAGCAGUAGCAAUGAAUCUUGGAGGCGAAGUGGUAUGUCGGGCGCGAUAA